UUUAAAAUAAUGUAAUCGUUUUUGAUUUUUUACUUUUAGAGUCUCUGAAACUUUUUUUUUUGAGUUAUUUGUAGAGAUCGGAAGGCAUCGGGUCCUUUUUCCUAACUUUUUUGAAGAUUCCUGGAUGAAAUUGGGAUCGGGGAUUCCUGGUCCCGGCCAGUAAAUUUUAAUUUUUCGGUCCCGUCUUUUUUUUAUGCAUAAUUAAAUUUUUUAAAUUUGUUUUUGCUAAUAUUGAAAAUUUAUUUUUUAUUUAUUUUUAGAUUUUAUUUAUUUCUAAAAAAUUUUCAAAAGAAAAAAUGUCUCAGGAAAGUACAAUGAUUUGCAUUGACAAUUCUGAAUGGAUGCGUAAUGGGGACCUUCCACCAACUCGCUUUAAUUGUCAACAAGAGGCAGUCCGUGCUUUAGUUCAUUACAAACUUCGAAGCAAUCCGGAAAAUGCUGUUGGGUUAAUUUCUCUUGCAAAUCGUGUGGAGGUGUUAAACUCUUUAUUGACUGAUGAUCGGAAAUUAAUGGUUCGUCUGCACAGUUUGGAGAUUAACGGCUCUACAAAAAUCUUUCCUGGAGUUAAAACUGCUUAUUUGGCUCUAAAACAUCGUAAAAUCCGCACUCACAAAAUGCGUAUAAUUGUUUUUGUUGGAAGUCCAUUGGAUCAGCUUUUAACGGAAAAAGAUUCGUUCCUCAAAUUCGCCAAAAAACUUAAAAAAGAAAAGGUUAAUGCAGAUUUUGUUCUUUUUGGUGAAGCUAUGGCAGAAAACAACCAAAUUGUUUCCGAUUUUAUUAAUAUAUUGAAUGGACCAGACGGCCAAGGCUCUCAUCUUUUGGUUGUUCCAGCUGGAGACACUAAACUUUAUGAUGCAAUACUUCGCUCGCCUAUUUGUGAGGGCGGUGGGAAUAUUGGAGCUGGGGCUGAUUUUGGUAUUAACGAGGAGGAUGAUCCGGAAUUGGCUAUGGUUAUUUUUUUAAAUGUUUUUUGGGGGUUUUUGUUUGGAAUAUUUGUUGGGUUUGUUAGAAUUGGAGUUGUGAAAGGGGAUAUUGAAGGGAUGGCGCUUCGAAUUUCGUUGGAAGAACAACGUGUCAGACAACAAGGAGGAGGGGACGCUCCACAAGUUGAAGAACAACCUCAACAGGAAGAAGAUAAUGCAAUGGAUGUUGGAGAAGAAAGAGGGGAUGAGGGAGGUUCGAAGAAAACUGCUGAUGUUGUUGAAAAGUCUCAAGUUCCGCCAAUUAAUUUUGAAGAGAUGACAGAAGAAGAACAAAUGGCUUAUGCUCUUCGAAUGUCUGUUGAACAUGCUACUGAAAGUCAACAACCAAGCCGUUCACGUUCACCAUCAAUGGCAACACCUGCACCAACACCAAUGGAAACUGAAGAGGACGGAGGAGGUGGACAAAAAGUUGCUGGAGCUGGAGUUGUUGGGGAUUUGUUGAAUGAUCCGGCUCGUCUACAACAAUUGGUCGAUCAAAGAGGUAAACAAUCCCAAGAGGUUAAAGUAACACAAUACCCAAAUUCUGAUAAGAAAACCGACAAAAGUGCUGGGUCUUCUAAAGAAGAUAAAGAUAAGCAGAAAAAAUGA